GACGGCCAGAGGGGCAGGAGCUGAGACCGGAGCAUCCCUGCAUCCCUGCAUCCCAUCCCCGCAUCCCUGUGUGGGCUCAGGGCCAAAUCCAGGAGCUGGUAGAAAACCUUGGGGACCCUCCCCGGCCGCAGCACUGAACCCACCCCGGGGUUGGGGGGAGCAGAGAGUCCAGGGGUGCCAUUUCGGGGCUGGGAGGUGAUGGUGCCCCUGGGCAGCCCCCCUCUCGCCGUCUGCGCCUCCAGCAACCCCCGCCUCAUGGCCCCCGGCCACAGCUCCCCCCUGGCCUGGCUGAACCGGGGUCCCGAGUGCCCGCGGGAGCCGGGGGGCAGCGGGGGCCGGGUGCCCAGCGCCGUGGAGAGGUUGGAAGCCGACAAGGCCAAAUACGUCAAAUCCCAGCAGGUCAUCAACAGCCGGCAGGAGCCGGCGCUGAGGGGCUGCUCCCCAUGGCUCUCCCCCCGUGGCCGGCGCCUCUUGGCCCGCCAGCAGUGUAAUGAGUUGUGUCAGGCCUCAGAGCUGAGCCGGGAAGGUCCCAGGAAGCUGCCGUGUCCCCAGUCCCCUGUGUCACGCCGGAGCGGUGGCCGGCGCCUGCUGAGACCCGACUCGCUCAUCAUCUACCGGCAGAAACGGGACUGCCCAGGAGGGGACAAGGAGAACGCCAAGGGCUCGGGGCUGGUGCGACGCCUCUUCCAGGGACCCCUCAGAGACAAGCCCCCCACUUCCCCCCCGGCCAGGAGGCUGGGUGAGGGGUCACCGGCCCCCCAGAGCCCUGAGACCCCCAUGCUGUGGGUGCCGGCAGAGAAGGAGGAGGUGAGGACGCCGGGUGCCAGCAGUGGUGGUGGCAGUGGUGGUAUCUUCCCUCUGCCUGGCAGCCCAGUGGCACAGACCCCCCAGCCCCCCGGGAAGCAGGCACUGGCUCUGCGUGUGUCCCUGCCACUCUCUGAGAAGGAGCGGUUCUUCAACUACUGUGGGCUGGACCGGGCCCUGGUGGAGCUGCUGGGGCAGGAGCGGUUCGGGCCGGCGGGAUGGGACAACGCCUCGGCUCGGCUCCCCGGAUCCUGCGAGUCGGAGCCCGGGCAGGCCUCAGAGGGCAGCGAGGGGGAUGCAGAGCUGGGUGAGGAGGAGCCGGACACCCGGCUGGGGUCUGCCGUCUCGGUGGUGGAACGCAACGCCCGCGUCAUCAAGUGGCUCUAUGGCUGCCAGAGAGCCUGGGCGGCCGCCAAGGAGUCCACCGUCUGAGCAGAGGCAGCCCAGCUGGGGAUGAGGACACCUGUGUGGGUCCUGCUGGCUGGAUGUGGCCCUUUGCCCUUGCUGGUUGUGGCCGAUGGGCUGGUGGCAUCCCUGGGCCUGGUGGCACGGGGCUGCUGCUGGCUGGGAGGGACACCAGGUCUACCCUGCCCACCCCCAGAGCCACCAGGUCUACCCGGAGCUGAACACAGUGGGGGCACCCAAGGGGCAUGUGGGGAAGGGGCUCCCCUGGGUGAGUCUCUCCCUGACCCCAGGGUCUAACAGGCGGCUGUCACCCUGCUGUGACCCGUGAUCUCAAAGGUCCCUUCCAACCAUGAAGAUUCUGUGAUUCUAUGUUCUCCAUCCACCCUUGUCUCCAACCCAGAGGGGUGGGAUGGGGCUGCAGCCCCCCCAUCGGCCGCUCACACCCUGUACAAGAUGCAGGCUGGGGGAGUGGGCAGUUCCCACCCCACAGCCCCUUUCUCCCCAAAACGGGGGCUGCUGGGGCCAGAGCACCACUCAAUAAACCUGUUAUUUUUUUUGCA